AUGUCAGCUCUCAUCAGAGAUGCUCCAUUUGGGCAACUUGUUCGCUACUUCACCAACAAUCGUAUCCUCCAGUACCCAGAAGAACAAGCAGAUUUCCAACUCCCAGCCGCAUACCAAACUCACGCUCGCCCCUCACCAAAACGACUCCCAACCUCAUCUACAGUAGCCUCGCCCGUUGACUAUGAAGGACCAGCCACUGAGGAAGUCGAAGAGCCCAGCUCCGAUAAUGUCCUCGUGCAAAAAGAAUCAAUCAGCGACGAUGAUCUCAAUGACCUCGAGAAGAUCCAGACUGCGCGGACACAGCACACCCUGCGAACGCAAAUAUCCCGCGUUGGCACACGAACAGCACUCCAAAUGUCAAUCUCACGAGCGGAUCUCGAGCAACAAUUUUCGUUGGCAACAGUAGAGCGCGGACCCAGUCGUCCCAUCAAUCCCGAACAAUUGGACGACGGAACCAUCUUGGUUGAUUGGUAUGCGACAGACGACACGGCCAAUCCGCAGAACUUUUCGUUCUGGAAGAAAACCGCGGUCCUGGUGCAAAUUCUGAUCUACACAAUGGCGUUCUACAUGGGCUCGGCCAUCUACUCGCCCUCCAUCCCUGGCGUGCAGGAAGUAUUCGGAGUGGAGAUUCAAGCCGCCAGUCUCGGUCUCUCGAUGUAUGUCCUGGGAUACGGCAUCGGACCACUGCUCUUUUCUCCCCUGAGCGAAAUCCCAAUCAUCGGACGGAAUCCACCCUAUAUCAUUAGCUACGCCAUCUUCGUUAUACUCCUCAUCCCUACUGCGCUCGUGGAUAACUUUGCGGGGUUGAUCGUUCUUCGCUUCCUGCAGGGCUUCUUCGGCAGUCCAUGUCUCGCCACCGGUGGUGCAACGCUCCAGGACGUCUACAGCCUGAUCAAACUACCAUAUGUCCUCUCCUUGUGGGCUUUUGCAGCGACUUGUGGGCCUGCGCUAGGCCCGAUUAUCAGUGGUUUCAGCGUGGCAGCGGAGAACUGGCGCUGGUCGUUGUGGGAGAUGCUCUGGAUGAACGCCCCCAUCUUUCUGAUCUUGUUCUUCUUCCUCCCGGAAACUUCCUCGGCGAACAUCCUCCUCCGCCGCGCUCAACGCCUGCGACAACUCACCGGCAAUACGAACAUCAAGUCGCAGAGCGAGAUCGAUCAAGCAAAAAUGUCAGUUUCAGAUCUUACCAUCGAGGCACUGUGGCGCCCAUUCCAGCUCAUGCUACUCGACCCCAGUAUCCUUUUCACGGCAUUGUAUACAGCGAUCAUAUACGGCAUCUUCUACUCCUUCUUCGAAGCCUUCCCCCUCGUCUACAUCUCAAUGUACGGCUUCAAUCUCGGCGAAAUGGGCCUGACAUUCCUCAGCGUCACAGUCGGCGUCGUGCUCGCAACAUCCUGGUACUGGUGGUACAUCUACACCAUCGUCGAGCCCGACAUCCGUCUCAACGGCCUCGGAAGCCCUGAGCGUCGGUUAAUUCCCGCGUUGUAUGUUACCUUCCUCGUACCCAUCGGGCUCUUCAUCUUCGGCUGGACGGCGCGGUCCGACGUCCAUUGGAUUGCGAGCUGCAUCGGCAUUGUGAUCACGACGAUUGGCAUAUUCCUCAUCAUCCAGUGCAUUUUCUUGUACUUGCCGCUGGUUUACCCGCAGUAUGCUGCGUCGCUUUUUGCUGGGAACGACUUUACUAGGUCGGCGUUGGCGGCGGGUGCGAUUCACUUCAGCUACCCGUUGUUUCACAAUCUGGGUGUUAAUCGCGGCGUCUCCUUGCUGGGAGGGCUUACGGUUGGUUGUAGUCUUGGGUUGUUUGCGCUUUUCUUCUUGGGCGAGAAGUUGAGGGCGAAGUCGAGGUUUGCUGCGAAGUAA